AUGUCUUCACACCAGUAUACCUACCCGGGCAUGCACGAUGUCCCCGAGACCUACCCAUACCACAUGGGCCAAGCAGUCAGCGAGGAAGACAUGGACAGCUUCUACCUGGCCAGUCUCCCCGCGUCCUCAUACGCAGGCCUCAACUUCGACCCAGCCAUGCCAGCAAGCCAAGCUUACGACAACACCACGCUCGCACACAUGAGCGGAUCCUACCUCCCCUACGGCGAUCAAUGGAUUUCCCAAGUUCCCCCAACAGCAGAAACAGCAACAUACCACCCCUCCCACGUCUACCCAGCCUCAACAAUCCCAUACGCCCCGCAAAGAACAACCUCCACUCACCUCAGCCCACAAAACUACCUCUACACCGACCCUUCAAGCUCCCACCUCGACCCGACACCGCCCUCCCCAGACCUCGACCCCGCGCAGCACACCAAGGACCUAAACAACUACGGCAUCCCCAACGCCGACGGCUCCUGGCGCUGCGCCUACCCAGGCUGCACCUCGGCCGCGACGUUCCACCGCGGCUGCGACCUCCGGAAGCACUUCAACCGGCACCGGAAGCAUCUGUUCUGUCGGCACGAUGGCUGUCCGCAGGCUGUUGCGGGCGGGUUCUCGAGCAAGAAGGACCGGGCCCGGCACGAGGCGAAGCAUAACCCCGGUGUUGUGUGUGAGUGGCCGGAUUGUGGGAGGGUGUUUAGCCGGGUAGAUAACAUGAAGGACCAUGUGAGGCGGAUUCACAAGAGGGGGGAGGUUGACUCUUGA